AUGUGUGAGGAUAAGGAAGAGACUGACGACAGUUCCAGUGAAGAUAAUCCAUACCCUCGGCCACAGGACUGUGGACUGUCACCACUCACUUCUUCCCCGUGUCCUGAAGAAGAUGGUGAGGCAAGUGACAGUGAAACAGCUGGUGAAACCUCCUUCCAACAACCCAGAUGCUCAGAAAGCUCAGUGGAAGGAGUGAAAGAACAUCUGGAUCUUAGUAGAAAAAAGGAGCCAUCAGAAGAGAGCAUGAUCAAGUUCUCGACAGAAAAAAGGGCUGAUGUGUCCCCUCCGUUCAGAGAGGACUCCAUAAGGGCCAAUAAAAACACCUGCCGGGAGUGUGGAAAGACUUUUGCAUCUAGUUCCAACUUGAAAAACCAUCGUUACGUUCAUUCUUCGGAGCGGCCAUUCAAGUGCACUCAGUGCAACAAGACAUAUAAAAGUCCUAAAGAUCUGAAUCAGCAUUUUCUUAUUCACUCUAAGUCUGGAGCGCUGUCCUUUGCUUGCAGCCUUUGUGAGAAGAAAUUUAGGUCUCACUCUUCACUUACGGUUCAUCUGCGACGUCACAAUGGAGAGAGGCCGUUUCCCUGCUCGCACUGCGACAAACGUUUCCUGACAAACUCAGUCUUGAAGUCCCACAUGCGCAUUCACACUGGUGAGCGCCCGUACGCAUGUACUUUUUGUGACAAGAAAUUCACACAGCUGUAUCCACGCACCGUCCAUCUCAGGAUGCAUAAGAAAGAGAAACCGUAUCUGUGCAGCACCUGUGGUAUGUCGUUCUGUAGCUCCGGGGCCCUGCUGGUACAUUCACGCACUCACACAGGGGAGCGGCCUUAUCAGUGUGAAUCCUGCGGAAAGAGUUUUGCCUCAGCUGCACAACUUAUAGUACAUCGGAGAUACCACACAGGGGAAAGGCCAUACCCUUGUUCACUAUGUAGUAAAUCCUUUCACUGUAGUUCAGGACUGAAGAAACACAUGAGGACACACACGGGAGAGAAACCUCACCAGUGUUUAACGUGUCACAAGACAUUUUCCCAAAAGUCUAACAUGAAAAUACACCUCAAAGUCCACAAGACCAUCUAGCAAGAACUGGUGUGGUAGCUUCUAGAGACAAGUUGUUAUCACGUGCUCUGUAUCUUGGGUAACAGAU